AUGGCAUUUGAAAGCAGUGAUAACACCACCUCACCAUUCUCUAAACAAUGGAGCUUUAGAAGCACUUCUUCCUCUUCAACCUCCAAAAACAGCAUCACAGAUCAUCAUAAUCUUUUCUCUACCCAAGAAAUUAUCUCGUACUUCUCACUUCACCAACCUUAUUACACCUCUAUAGCUACUCUUAAAACCCAAAACCAUCACCAUAUCACCUGCAUGACAGUCCACAAUAACAUCCUCUACGCCGCUUCUGGAAACCAAAUCUCCACCUUUGAUUUAAUCACACUUUCUCCUAUACCUUCAUUCAACGGUCAAGAUUUAUCCUCAGGUGGGUUUAUUAAGUCCAUGGAAUUUUAUAACGAUGAUAAACUUUUAACUGCUCAUCAAGAUAGUAAAAUCCGGGUUUGGAAACGACACCGUUUUGUAACAACAUUACCAACUAUGAAAGAUAAAUUAUGUCGUUCUAUAUUUGGAAAUAAUUAUGUUCAAGUAAGAAGACAUAAAAGGAAACUUUGGAUAGAGCAUAACGACGCCGUUUCAGGGUUGAGGGUAAAUAACGGCGUUAUUUACACCGUUUCAUGGGAUAAAACGUUGAAGAUAUGGAGAGGGUCAGAUUUUAAAUGUUUGGAGUCAAUAACGGCACAUGCAGACGCCGUUAAUGCAGUGGAAGUUUCUAGAAACGGAACGGUUUAUACAGGUUCAGCUGAUGGGACAAUUAAGGUGUGGGAGAGGAGGAAUGAUACAGUGUGGAAGCAUUCCAUGGUAAGUAUCCUGGAGAAGCAUAGAUCAACGGUGAAUACAUUAGCAUUGAGUGAAGAUGGGAGGGUAUUGUUAUCGGGCGGCUGUGAUGGAGUGAUCAUAGCAUGGGAAAGAGAUGAUAAUGAUCGGAUGGUGGAGAUUGGUGAGGUUGUAGGAGGACAUGAUGGAGCUGUUUUGUGUAUGAUUGGAUUGGAUGGUCAUGAUUUCUUUGUGAGUGGGGGGGCUGAUCGGACGGUUAGGAUAUGGGGGAGAGCAGGGGGGAAUGGUGGGAGUGGAUGUAGGGGAUUAUUUUGUUGUAUGGGUGUGUUGGUUGGACAUGAUAAACCUGUGAGAUCAGUGACUGUAACGGCUGAAUGUGGAGUAUUAAACGAUGUCGUUUUGGUUUGUAGUGGGAGUUUAGAUGGGGAGAUUAAGGUUUGGAGAAUUGUGGUAUCUGAGCUUAUCAAAUAUAAUCAACAUACAUUCAAUUAUUUGGCACAUUAA